AUGGCUCAGGUUGCGCUGCCACGCCAUCAGGCUACACAGUCGCAGUCGACGGGUGUAGGCUCACCGCUCUACCAGCGUCGCCAGCAGUCCAACGCCGGCAUGGUCGAGAUGGUCCCCAACCCCGACUUCUCGUUCCCCAUGCGAGGACCAGACACAUCUUCGAACGACUCGUUGCCGAGCAAGCCCCGCCCAAUGUCAAUGCAGUACCCAGCGGCUCGCCGAGGAUCCAUGCCGCACGCCAGGCAGAAGUCAGUGAACGCACUGCCUGCCUUCUCCUUCAAUCCUGCAGGCAAUGCACCACCACCCCAAGAGACGUCUCCCCAGGCAUCGCCGCGCCUGUCGCCGACGACGCUUGCGAAGCCAAUGCAUGGCCACCGAAGGGGUGGAAGUGAGCUCAUUGGAGGAAGUGCUCGGACAGGCGCGACAUUGCUGAGCAGCAGCCCCACCAAGGAUGGCUCUCUGUCACCACCUACAACGACACUGCAGCCCGGCCCGCCCGCUGGACGCCGUGGCCACGCACAUCGUCGUUCUGCCGCCAUCUCGUCCCACGACCUGUCCGCGAUCAUGAACCCUCCCGUGCCCCCAAUGCCCUCUCGAACAGGCAGUGCACCCAACACGCCUGCCGAGAACCUGAACGAGUUCAAGUUCGGUCAUUCAGUGAAUAAGUCUAUGUCACAGCCCUGCCUCCGAAAUAGCAGCUCGGACGAUGAAUCGACGCCUCGCCCUCCAUCCAGAGCUCGUGUUGGCUUUUCUGAUAAGGUUGAGUACAUUCGACCUCUCUCGACAAUCUCCUCAGAAACCGAGGCAUCGACGCUCCGCGGACACUCGACUACGAACAGCCUGUCGUCGAUGGUUGGCGGCAACACUGUAAGCCCAGCAUUCACACGGUCAGGCACCCCAACUCGGAGCACAGUAGAGGAUGGGAGCCGACCUGGCACCGCUGGCGCUGUUCUGGACAAGAUCUUGAGCAACCCGUUGAUCGAGGAUGCGUCUGACCGCAAUCGACCCAUGUCUGCUGGACGCUCUCGUUCUGCUGGACCUAGCCCUACCUCUCCUGACAUGCCGACCAAAAAGCGAGGCUUCUUUCGAUUGGAGUCAAGAAACAGCGACAAGUCUACCCACCGAAGACUGCCGACCAGCAUCUCUGACCCUGCCCUCACAACAACCUUCAACUCGUCUCCUUUGGCAUCACCCAUGGACGCUGAGCCAGUAGAAGACGCGAAAUCGAAGUCAAAGAAGUCGAGCCACAGGCCGCGGAAAGUGAAGUCAUGGGCGAAUUCGAUUAUACCGAGGAAAGGAAAGCACAGUAAGAAAGCGAAGCGAAGAGCAUCGACACCUGAGCAGCCGGACGCCGUGGUCGAAGACGAAGACACUGAUUCCUCGGAUGAGCUUGAUUUUGACUUCAGCCCCAACUUCGAUGAUGACAACUCCGUCACCAUCGUCUCGCCCACAGCGGAUACCGUACCAGGACCGAAAAUCAACACCGACUUUGCUUCCUGGCAACCGCGACAGCUGAAGCGUGUAGACUCGGAUGUCAUGAGCCCCAUUAUUGACAUGGAUGCAGCACUCGGCCCAUUCAACACUCCGAAUGGCGCGGACUCGAGGACGCAAAAAAGAGGAUUCGCGGCUCAUCGACGGGCCAUGCACAGUGCAAGCGGCUUUACUCCAAACCAUCGCAGGACCGAGAGUGCCCCUGAGCUGGUUCCUUUCGAGUUCAGGCCUUCAGCUGCCACUAGCACCUCGCCAAUGGCUGACGUGUUCGAGGAGGAAGAGCCUGAAGAGGAGAAGCCUGAGUCGAAGGACUCCACCCCUACUUCCAUUGCGGAAGAGCCUGAGAAGGUUGAAGAGCCGAAGAUCCAGAUUGUUGAAACGGAGAGCAGGCAGGACGGCCCAGCGAUCAACUGGAACUUCAACGAUGGUCUCGGCCUGAAGACACGUGCUGAGCCCAGGCAUUCGCCCAUCCUGGAGGAGCCGCUGUCCCCACAUGCUGUGCCUCAAUUCGUCCCCAGCGCAAGCUGUUCACAGGUUGAGGUCGUCGAGGAUUACGAGGAGCCUCGUACAUCUUCGCUCACGCAUUCUUCAGACUCAACUGUCACACCACACUCGACGCUGGAGGAGUUCAAGGAGCACCAAUCGACCAUGGCUGUACCAGCGCCGCUUGCGCAGCAAAGUCUCAUGACGCCUAAUACCGUGACCUCGUCCUUUGGUUCACCUGACUACCGAUCAAGCCAGAUCUCCUUUGACACACCUCGUGUAGGUACUGCGGCUUCGUCUGUAACCGACUACCCAGUGAUGCCGUCACCACGUUUCGGAGAGCCUGGACCUGAGAUGCGCAUCUCAUCUGAAGAUGUGCCAUCUCUGACUUCUUCGAGAUCGACCAUGACUAGCAACAUGCAGGGUACCUUCCCCCUUCCCGCUCCUCGCAGGCCUGGUGAUCGCUCGGCCUCACUCUGUUCCGCGCCUAGCGAGGUCGAGUCUCGCCGCCGCAAGCGCUCCAGCAUUGCAAGUCUUUCUCGUUUGAUCAACGGGUCAUACGGUAGCGAGAAGAGCAAGCUGUCGAUCGAACAGCGACCUCAAUCUGCCUACCUUGCACCCAUCGCUAAGGAUCCUAAGAAGAAGACCAGACGUUUGAGCAAGCUGAAGUUUUGGAAGUCAUCGAAAGACUCAGCUCCUUCA